AUGGAGCAAUUACCAGAGAAGCACGCAGCUAUGGCCGACAAUGAUCAGAGCCAAGGUCCCGGAAAGAUUAGGCAAUUACGUGAAGUAGCCUUUCCCGACUACAUGCUGGCACCGUUUGCACUCGCAGACGCUUUGCAAACGCUAUUCCCAGAAAUGUCAGCUGCUGAAUUUGGAAUUAAUGGAGUUCACAAACUCCAAACUCUAUUCCCCAAGGCCAACUUCCCAAAGUCUGUAGCGAGAGCUCAUCUUAUGGAAGGAAAUGUAUCCAAACAGGUAGCUGUUCAGGAUCUGAAGAUGUAUGCCCCUGUCAUUCAGUACAAGUCGCACUAA